UCAAACAUUUAUCAUUUCUUUGUGCUUGCAGACAUUAUCCUGAACUUCCGCACCACCUAUGUGAGCCAGUCAGGCCAGGUGGUGUACGAGGCGCGCUCCAUUUGCAUUCACUACGCCACCACUUGGUUCUUUGUGGACCUGGUGGCCGCCCUGCCCUUCGACCUGCUGUAUGCCUUCAACAUCACAGUGACGUCCUUGGUCCACCUGCUUAAGACCGUUCGCCUCCUGCGCCUCCUUCGUCUGCUUCAGAAGCUUGACCGCUACUCUCAGUACAGCGCCAUGGUGCUGACCUUACUAAUGUCAGUGUUCGCCCUGUUGGCACACUGGAUGGCUUGCAUCUGGUACAUGAUUGGGCGCAGGGAGAUAGAGACCAAUGAGACCUGGGACAUAGGGUGGCUCCAUGAGCUGGGCAAACGUCUGGAUUCGCCCUACGUUAACAGCACGGUGGGCGGCCCGACGGUACGCAGCUCCUACAUCGCUGCUCUCUACUUUACCCUCAGCAGCCUGACCAGUGUGGGCUUUGGAAAUGUCUGUGCCAACACCGAUGCUGAGAAGAUCUUCUCCAUCUGCACAAUGCUCAUUGGCGCACUGAUGCACGCCGUCGUCUUCGGUAACGUGACGGCGAUCAUCCAGCGGAUGUACUCAAGACGGUCCCUCUACCACACACGUAUGAAGGACCUGAAGGACUUCAUCCGUGUCCACCGUCUGCCACAGCAGCUUAAACAACGCAUGCUGGAGUACUUCCAGACCACAUGGUCUGUCAACAAUGGUAUAGAUGCCAACGAGCUCCUGCACGACUUCCCUGAUGAGCUGCGGGCUGACAUCGCCAUGCAUCUGAAUAAGGACAUCCUCCAGCUGCCGGUCUUUAAGGGGGCCAGUCGAGGCUGCCUGCGCUCACUCUCCCUUCACAUAAAAACCUCCUUUUGUGUCCCUGGGGAGUACCUGAUCCGUCAGGGUGAUGCACUGCAUGCCAACUACUUCGUCUGCUCCGGCUCACUGGAGGUGCUGAAAGAUAGCAUGGUGCUGGCAAUAUUAGGGAAAGGGGACUUGAUUGGGUCUGACCUGCCUGGAUCAGACCAGGUGAUCAAGACCAACGCUGACGUGAAGGCGCUCACCUACUGCGACCUCCAGUACAUCAGUGUUCGUGGCCUCAGAGAGGUGCUGGAGCUCUACCCUGAGUAUGCCAGCGUGUUUGCCUCCGACAUCCACAACAACCUCACCUAUAACCUGCGUGAAGGCAGCCAGGACGAGGGCCUCCGAAGAUUUUCAAGGUCACCCAGACUUCCCCAUGAAUCCCGACUCCCCUCCAUCGUGGAAACGAAGGGCGACGACUCCGAUGACUCCUUCCACCUUUCUCCAGCCACUCGCUCCCGUCGCAACCUCCUGCUGCCAAACUUCACCAGCCCUGUCCGCCGCACGUCCCUGGGGAACCUCCUGGGGGACGAGCUGAGGCAGUUCAACGCCCUGCGACGCUGCCGCUCACCAAACCUCAGCCGCGGCUUCCACGGGCAGAGCUCAUCCCCUCAGCCGCCGUCGAAAAAAGAGCACAGCACUCCCACGUCGACCCCGGCCUCCACUUCGGCCCAGGGAGAGUCGGAAGCUGAGCAGAAGCCUUCAAAGCUGCUCAUCCCAACUGUCACCUGUUUUGGACCCCCAGAUCUCAGCCCCAGGGUUGUAGAUGGCAUCGAAGACAAUGGGCACACGUUCCAUUUCAACGUGGAGCACAGCGGGCCCAACGCCAGCGCAGGCGGCAGCACCCAAGACUCCACACAGGCUAAUGCCACUCUGCUGCUGGAGACAGAGGAAGUCAGGCAGAGCAUCAGUCAACUCAACCUGAAGAUGGGCGCAUUAAACCAGGAAGUAUCUGAGCUUACCAAGGGCCUGCACCACAUGCUGCAUCUCCUCCAGGCUCAUGUGUCUGUACAUCACUACCAAGCCUCAUUCCCCUCCUAUCCUUAUGGUGUGCAAAUGGUGUCCAGCCCUCCCACAGCCUCCAACGCUGGCCUGCCUUUCAACCCUGCUUCGUCCUACCACCUCCACAACGAUCCUGGGAGCCACAAAGGCCACAGCCACCAAAGUGCCCCAGCUGCUGGCCAGUGGAGCUACAGUGGAACUGCUGAAACCCAGACAGAGAGCCACCACCGGCCUCAGUCCUCCAGUCCACCAGCGAACUCCUGUCCGCCCCUCUCUGGACACGCUGCUCCUAAGUUAGGCCACAGCUCCGAGGGCAUGACCACACACCUGUGGACCAGCCCGUCUCUUCUUAACAUCAGUCCAGGCUUCCAGGGUGGAAGUUUAGGCCUCGCACGUCAUGCUGGGCAUGAAGACUCAGACAACAGACCUCUCAGUGCUAGUCCAACCACCAUCAGCCAGUCCCAGCCCACUCUGUGCCUGCAGCCUUGCAGUGAUAGUGAUGAAUUCGCUUGCCUUUUGUCGAGUGCCCCUACAGGUACAUCCACACACAGCCUGCUGGGCCCUUCACCCACUUCUUACUCCCACCUCAACCUUCCACAAGCCUCAAAUGAGGCCAUUUGUGUCCUGAUGUCCUCUCCAACGUCUCAUAAUCUGAUCCAGGACACCUCCAUCUUCCAAAUCGAAGACUCGCACCCGUCUAUCCACCCCAUCUCGUCCUCUCCACCCAUGUUGCCCUGCCAGCCUUCUGCCUCUUCUCUGGAUUCAGGAUCACCACGAUCGGAUGUUCUCGAGCCCCAUCUCCCGCUGGGCGACCCGUCUGCCAUAGAACACACCAGUUUGGAGUGCCUACUGGGGAACGGGGGCUCCAUGGAGAGCCGGGACAGUGAGAGCGCGUCAUCUCGACGGUCCAGCAUCGGCGUCCAGACUCAGAGCACAGAGCAGUCAUGGUGUCUGGACCUGACAGAUUGA